AUGAACAAGAAGGAGGUGUUCAAGCUAGCAAAGGGAUUCAGGGGAAGAGCGAAGAAUUGCAUAAGAAUAGCAAGAGAGAGAGUGGAAAAGGCUCUGCAGUACUCUUACAGAGAUCGUCGGAACAAGAAGCGCGACAUGCGUGGUCUUUGGAUCCAGAGGAUUAACGCUGGAACCCGACAGCACGGAGUUAACUAUGGUAACUUUAUGCAUGGACUGAUGAAGGAGAACAUCCAACUCAACAGGAAAGUUCUUUCAGAGAUUUCAAUGCACGAACCAUAUAGCUUCAAGGCCCUGGUCGACAUCUCACGCAAUGCCUUCCCCGGAAACAAGACAGUCGCACCUCCCAAAAAGGAAGGGCUUGCAAUUCUUGUUUAA